AUGACCGCGUCCGCCACGUGGCAGGAGGCCACUGGCCCGCGGGUUAAACAUACCACAUCAGCAAUUUCCGUACGCCACGUCAUCAGUAUGGACAGCCGAAUCAGCCUGCACAGUCAGCAUUUCCGUACAGUACGGAACAUAUACAGUCAGCAGUCUACGACUAUAGUAAUAUUCAGCCUUGCUAUCAAAUUUACAAAUUCUCCAUUGCUUGGAAAACCUAGAUACCUGUUUAAAGAGAAAGAACAACAAAUGUUGGGUCGAGACACACGUGCCACAACUAAACGCUCCCUCAAAUUUGGAAUACACCUCCCACCCGUGCAACAUGAAUCUUCUAUUAAUAUCAGGCCAAUUAAAGCCUUGAACCCCUUUCAAAAUAAAUGGACGAUAAAGGGGCAUGUGACAAACAAUAGGAAGAUGCAUCAGUACAGUACACCCAAGUCCAUUGGCCAAGUGUUUAGCUUUGACAUGAUAGAUGAUGAAGGUACUGAAAUUAGAAUAACUUGCUUUAGCGAUGUAGUAGAGAUGCAUUAUCAUAGGGUUGAAGCAGGAACAUAUUAUACUGUAUCAAAAGGUUGCAUUAAAGAAGUUGACACAAAAUGGAAUAAGCUUAACAACCAUCUUGAGAUAACUUUGGAAAAUAAUUCAAUAUUGAAGCGUUGUGAUGCUGUUGUUGAUAGUGAAGCAAAUAAUUCUCGAUUCACAUCGAUCAAUGAAAUUACAUACUGCACCAACAACACUUUAGUUGAUGUUAUUGGUAUUGUAGUUGCUGUUGGAGAACCCUCAUUAAUUCAUACAAAAUAUGGAAGUGAAGUAAUGGAGAGAACUAUAAAAAUAAAUGAUGUCUCAACUUUUACUAUCGAUGUUAACUUAUGA